CGGCGACCGUUUUCCGCAGAGAAGCACAUAAGAAAACAAACUGAAGACGAGCGAGUGGCGGACGGAGAAGAGGGAGACACCACGACACGGCUCACCUCACUCCGGGGUGAGGUGAGAAGACUGUCGUUGGACGUGAAGUCAUCCACGAGCUCACUGUGUGGACUCGUCCAUGCAUUGGACAGGGUUAGCGACUCACUGCCCGAUGGAGAAAUAUGAGAAACUGGCCAAAAUUGGAGAAGGUUCUUAUGGCGUGGUGUUCAAGUGUAGAAACAGAGACACGGACCAAAUCGUCGCCGUCAAGAAGUUUGUGGAAUCGGAAGACGAUCCCAUUAUCAAGAAGAUUGCGCUGAGGGAAAUACGCAUGCUGAAGCAGCUGAAACACGUCAAUCUAGUCAACCUGCUGGAGGUGUUCCGCAGGAAACGCCGCCUCCACCUGGUCUUUGAGUUCUGCGAGCAGACGGUCCUCAACGAGCUUGAAAAACACCCUCGAGGGGUUCCCGAGGCUCAGCUGAAGAGCAUCGUGUGGCAGACGCUACAGGCGGUCAACUUCUGCCACAAGCACAACUGCAUCCACCGCGACGUGAAGCCAGAGAACAUCCUCCUCACCAAGACUGGAGUCAUCAAGUUGUGCGACUUUGGGUUCGCUCGUAUUCUGACUGGACCAGAGGACGACUACACAGACUAUGUGGCGACCCGCUGGUAUCGGGCUCCAGAGCUGUUGGUCGGGGACACUCAGUACGGACCUGCCGUGGAUGUAUGGGCACUGGGAUGCGUCUUUGCCGAGCUGCUCAGCGGGACUCCGCUCUGGCCCGGGAAGUCCGACGUGGACCAGCUCUACCUCAUCCGGAAAUCUCUCGGGGACCUCAUCCCUCGACACCAGCAGGUGUUCCGGUCUAAUGUUUUCUUCAGUGGAGUCAGUAUUCCUGAACCUGACACCACGGAAACUCUGGAAAAGCGUUUCGCUGGUGCAUCAUCCCUGGCUCUCCAAGUCAUGAAGUCGUGCCUGGCGAUGGAUCCCUCACUCAGGCUGUCAUGCGAGGAGCUACUGGUGCUGCCCUACAUCCAUGAGGACGGUGCUGCCGGCUGGCCCCGCGAGGGGGAAAAUCGUCCCGGGAGACGCCACGACAAAGGCCCCCGCCGCAGACAGACAGGGAUGACACCCAGCACCCCAGUCGCGGGCUACCGCCGCUCUCCCCGCCGAGGUCGACGACCACGGAGUGGCGUGAUUCAACUUCACAUACAGGCGCUAAGUGAAUUACAAUCCAGGAGCAUCAAAGUGAGACGCAGACAUCUGGUUUUGCACGCCGAUGCCAAGUGAAAAACCAGCACCAGGAGCAUCAAAGCGGAGAGAAAAGACACCUGGUCUAGCACCAAGACGCUAAAUUAAUGAACUUCCACCACCAGCCAGCCUGGAGAGCCUCACCAACAAAGACGUCUCCUCCCUGCUGUGUGCCACGACACCUCCUAGCCAGACCGGGAAAAUGGACGGGGUACUAGCGACGCCCACAGGUGGCGGAAUACCACUGCAAAUGCGGGUUUAGAACUUUACAUGGGAACGCCACAAGUGACUGUAUUUCUGCAAACUUGAAUAUCUGAUGUCAAAUCUGUUGUCUACGGAACCAGAUGAAAUGUUCACCCCACAACACGAAUGCCACAUUGCAAAUAUUACAAUGUUGUCAACAAUCACAUAACAUCUGAAACAUUCGUUACAGGGAUUAAAGAGGAUGGGCAUGCGACAAUGCAAAGCGGGACAAUGGUCUCAUUAUCUUAAAUCCAAUAAUUAAUAUUUUAUUCCACUGGUUUUAAACCACAAAUUAUACGAAGAUGAAAUGCAAUUCUAGAGGCGCGGUCUGCCAUAAAUUUGGUCAAAAGGGGCCGGCCUCGCUCUCUUAAGCGGAUAAAAGGCCGAGCUCCUUUGGUUCUCUCUCUCUCGCUCACUCUCUCACUCUCUCAUUGUUCCACCUGCCGAAGUCCUGGCCCAGGCCGGGGAGCCCCCAACUUUACCACGAGGUGGCGGAGGCUGGGAGACACUGAACUUCCCUGCCACGCUGCCAAGCGUGGACUGCAGGGAGCACCUGCCAGCUCCCCAAAGCUACCCUUUUAGGUGUAGGGAAGUUUACGGACGAGGCUCCGUUGGGAAGGAAUUGUGGUGCGAGUUUUCCCUGACCGCGUGGCAAGCAUUGCCACUGCCAGCGCCGGCCCACCUGCACUUGAAGUGCAUCUUUUUCUCUUUCCUUCCUUUUCCUGCAAACCAUCCCUCUUGAGCACUCUUUCCAACCCGCUGAAGGUCGACCCGCCUGCCUGAAUUGGUCAACACACGUAAGUCUACUAAAUGUACAGAUUAGUGCAUAUUUGGGUUUUAAACUAGUGAGAACAGGAAUUCCAGCUAUACGCAUUGACACCCCAUGCACAUUACCAAUCUCACAUCACAAGUCAGCUUCCUUUGCCAAUGUUCGUCUGUACUUUGUUUGUUUUGUGUUUUUCUGUAUUCCUUCCCUGUAGAUUCCCCAU